CGUGGUUCUACUGUGGCCGUGUCGGCAUCGGCCGCGAGCGCCAAUGGAACGCCUGUAAACGGCUGACGUAGCGGGGGCGGGUCGGAAGCAAGUCAGUGGUGUGCGUGGAGUCCAGUGAGAGAGGGAGCGAGUCGAGGCAGUCAGCUCCUGCGCCGGGGAACGGAGUGUGUGAGUGUGUGUGUGGCAGGCUGACCUCGCACUGAAUGGACUAGAUUCACAGCCACGUAAGUAGCACACCGCGGGAGAUGAUGUCUUGCUGAAAGAAGGGAUAGGCCUGGGGUUGUCGGCCAUCCCUUUUUUAUCUCCGAGCAGAUAAAUCGUCGCCCUUUCGAGCUUUUUAUCGGAUUGAUCCUGCAGAAUCUCAGCAGAAGACCCCAGCUGCCAGACACAACAAAGGGCUGGGAUAUCAGGACGAUUUUUCUGGCCAUAUUUGGUCGAUGGCCCCUGCAGCUGCACGGAUAUGAUCGGUGUAACCAGGCCCUUGCAUGCACACAGAGCGGUUUCUCAGGACAGCUGAACGACUAAUCGUUCGGUUAGCAGCAAGCCCAGGGCAUAAUUAUUGCGGGCUAGCCAAGUUAGCAGUUUUGAUAUUCGAUGAAACCCUGGUUUGGAAAUCCAGCCUUUACCCUCGAUGCAUCUUGCGUAAAAUUGUUAGCUCUGUGGGUAAUAAUUAUCGACUGUUUUGCACUUGCCUCCACGGUGUAGCCUCACUACCCUGUUUACCCAGUGUCCAGUAACAUUCAUAUCUGAUCAAUAGGUCAGGUCUACAUCAAUGUCAUAAUUAUCCAAUCAAGCACUGGACCUAAAUUGUUGUAUUCUGUCAGUCGAACUACAGCAACUUUCCUUAUUACGGCUGAUGAGCUGUAUUUCUUAUUACAGACGUUGUCGUUUUAUAUGCAAAUUACGCACGGCUGAUUAUGGUAUUUUGGCUGAAUUUGGCAGCAUAUGCAGUGCAUUCCAUAGCCUUUGUCUGUGCUCUUGUCUGACUACGUAACUAGCACCCGUCUUUAUUUUUGUGACAAACGAGUACCUCGAAUUUAGUGUCAUUUUUUGGGCAUUGAACGGCUGCAGAAUUCUAUUCGACGCGUUCUGUACAGUCCUGAAAUUGUGGUGAAUGAUUGCUGACCGCUGCUGAUUCGACCUCCAUUGCCCGUGGGAUUCCCUUGCACAAUCGAAGAUCCCCCUGCUUCCGCUGGAAAUAUCUCCUCGUAUCCCCAUGAACAUACAGAGGUCAAAUCCCAUUAACAUUUCACGUUAUGGGAGGUCACGGCACAAAACGCACGACUUUGAGGAGCUCACUUGCCUAAGGACUACAGAGUCGAGCCAGAGUUUCAGCCCUAAUUUGGGAUCUCCGAGUCCCCCCGAGACUCCAGAUUCCUCUCAUUGCAUUUCUUGCAUCGGGAAUUACCUCUUGCUGGAGCCUUUAGCCGGAGACCACGUCUUCAGGGCCGCCCACCUUCACACGGGAGAGGAACUCGUCUGCAAGGUGUUUGACAUCCGGCGCUACCAGGAGUCGCUGGCGGCCUACUUUGCGCUGGGCGCGCACCAGCACAUCAACCAGAUCGUGGAGAUCCUGCUGGGCGAGACGCGGGCCUACGUCUUCUUCGAGCGCAGCCAUGGCGACCUGCACUCCUUCGUGCGCAGCUGCCGGCGGCUGCGGGAGGACGAGGCGGCGCGCCUCUUCCAGCAGGUGGCCUCGGCCGUGGCGCACUGCCACGAGCACGGCAUCGUGCUGCGCGACCUCAAACUCAGGAAGUUCGUCUUCAAGAACGAGGAGAGGAGCCUGGUGAAGCUGGAGAGCCUGGAGGACACGCACCUGCUGGAGGGCUCGGACGACUGGCUGUCGGACAAGCACGGCUGCCCCGCCUACGUCAGCCCGGAGAUCCUGAGCAGCAGCAGCAGCGGCGGCGGUAGCGGUAGCGGUAGCAGCAAUGGCGGGCGCUACUCGGGCAAGGCGGCCGACGUCUGGAGCCUGGGCGUCAUGCUCUACACCAUCCUGGUGGGACGCUACCCCUUCCACGACGUGGAGCCCGGCUCGCUCUUCUCAAAGAUCCGCCGCGGCCACUUCAGCCUGCCCGAGACGCUCUCGCCCAAGGCCCGCUGCCUCAUCCGGAGCCUGCUGCGCCGCCAGCCCUCCGAGCGGCUGACGGCGCGCGAGCUGCUGGACCACCCCUGGUUCGCCGCCUGGGCGGGACCCUCGCCGCCCCCCGGCGGUGGAGCAGGAGGGCACGGGCGCGGCGGCGCGGGGGAGCGCGACCAGGCGGUGCCCGAGGCCAACAUGGAGGAGGAGCUGGAGCAGCUGUUUAGCUGAGGGGAGCCAAUGGCGUUGCAAGCGUUGCCGUCACCUUGGCAACCCAAACCGACCAACCAAUCAAUCAAUCCACCAACGGAACCAACCAACUGCAACCAUGGCAACCAUAAAUAGUAAAUAUAUGAAUUUUAUAGACCGACGAUAUGGCAAGAAAAUGGCCACGUGCUCCCUUCAAUGGGGAACGAAAAUGGACGAGGAGAAGGCAUCAACAGCAGCACACGUAAACAAACAAACAAACAAGAUAAACACAUGAAACCAAUCAGUGGACAGGCACUUUGUCACAGGGAACCAAUGAACGAAGGAGGGGAUGACUUGUAAGCUAAACACAGCGAAUCAUGUUGGACAUGAACUGACAUUGGGAGGAGAGAAACAGAGGAAAAAUAUAUAUAUAAUCUAUGGGAGAGUAUACGUAGGAUUGAGGCAUCUCAUCAGACAGAGAAAAAAAAGCAAAUCAAGUUAAGGUGUAGAUCUUUAGAUAUUUUCAUUCCACUGACAAAACCUCAGCAGGUCCUG